GGUGUCCAGGCUCCAGCAGCUUCUGCGACCAGCCGGACUUUGUCUGCAGCCCUCACGAUGUCUGCCUCUCUGCGGAUUUUCGCCGUUUCUCGGCUUGCCCAGAAGUUCGCGAGGCCGGCAAGCCGUGUGCUUGUACCUCACAGUCCGAAAUAUCUUUCUGUGUCGAGGAACACUGGAAUCCUUUGGCGUCAGCAGUAUCGAUCCUUGAGUGCUCAAGCAAACGAAGACAAAGUCAGCAGCAAUGGUGCAGAGAAGUUGGAGUUCCAAGCCGAAACUCGUAUGCUCUUGGACAUCGUUGCCAAAUCUCUGUAUUCUGAAAAAGAGGUGUUCAUCCGAGAGUUAAUUUCAAAUGCAAGUGAUGCCCUGGAGAAGCUGCGCCACUCUCUGCUGUCUGAAGGCAAGGAUGGAGGUGCACUGGAAAUCCGUAUCACCACUGACAAGCAGAACCGUGUCCUGACGAUUCAGGAUACCGGCAUCGGUAUGACGCGGGAGGAGUUGGUCUCGAACCUCGGCACCAUUGCCCGAUCGGGGUCUAAGGCCUUCCUGGAGCAGAUGAAGGAGAAGGGUACGGACGCUUCUUCCAUCAUCGGCCAGUUCGGAGUGGGUUUCUACAGUGCCUUCAUGGUUGCCGACUCGGUGGAGGUGUUCACCCGCUCUGCCACGGCUGGUACUCCAGGAUACAAAUGGUCAUCAGAUGGGUCUGGCACCUACGAAAUCAAUGAAGCAGAAAAUGUUGAGCCUGGUACAAAAAUAGUGAUUACUUUGAAAGCAGACUCAAGAGAGUUCAGUGAUGAAGAAAAGGUCAAAGAAAUUAUUAAGAAGUACAGCAACUUUGUUGGAAGCCCGAUCAUAUUGAAUGGAGAGCGUGCCAAUACCAUUGAACCCCUGUGGCUCAAAGACCCUAAGGAUGUCUCAGACCACCUUCACUCCGAGUUCUAUAGGUUUAUUGGUGGAUCCAUUGAUUUCCCAAGGUUCUGGCUCCACUACAAGACAGAUGCUCCCAUCUCAAUUCGCGCCCUGCUUUAUUUCCCUGACAGUAAACCAGGUUUAUUUGAAAUGAGCCAAAGCACUGAUGUGGGAGUGGCACUUUACACAAGAAAGGUGCUCAUCAAGAGUAAGGCUGAAAAUAUCUUACCAAAGUGGUUAAGAUUUGUGAAAGGUGUUGUGGAUUCUGAGGAUAUUCCUUUAAAUCUGAGCAGAGAGCUGCUUCAAAAUUCUGCCCUCAUCAGAAAACUGCGCACUGUUUUAACCAACCGAAUUCUGCGUUUUCUUCAUGAUCGCUCACAAAAGGAAGAGGCCUCUUUCAAUGAAUUUUACAAACACUAUGGAUUAUUUUUAAAAGAAGGAAUUGUAACUAGCCAUGAACAAGUAGAAAAGGAAGAAAUUGCUAAACUUCUCAGAUUUGAAUCCUCAACUAGCCAGCCAGGAGAUCUUGUCAGCAUUCCACAAUACUGCAGCCGAUUGAAGGAAGGCCAAAAGGAUGUUUAUUAUCUUUCAGCUCCUAGUCGAGAAUUGGCAGAAAGCUCACCUUACCUUGAGGCCCUUCGCAAGAGAGAUGUGGAAGUUCUUUUCUGUUAUGAACCCUAUGAUGAGUUAGUGUUGAUGCAACUAAGACAGUUUGACAUGAAAAACAUAGUUUCUGUUGAAAAGGAAAUGCGUCAAAGUACAGAGCCGGAGCAAUCGCCUUUUGAAGCUGGAAGUUUGUCUCAGUCUGAUAUGGACGAGUUAAUACCAUGGAUUAAGACAACACUCAAGGGCAAGGUAACUAGCGUCAAAGUCACAAAUCGUCUGGAGUCUCAUCCUUGUGUGAUCACUGUCGAAGAAAUGGCUGCAGCUCGACACUUUAUCCGGACUCAGGCCCACAGCAUGCCACAAGACUCUCAUUACUCCAUUUUACAACCUCAAUUAGAAUUGAACCCAAAGCAUCCCAUUAUUAAGAAACUUAGCUCCCUUUCAAAGGACAACCCUAAGUUAGCAGAAUUAGUUGCUAAUCAGCUAUUUUCCAAUGCUAUGGUUGGAGCUGGUUUGGUUGAAGACCCUCGGACCUUGUUGAGCGGUAUGAACGACCUCCUUGAACUUGCUCUGGAGAAACAUUAGAUCAUCCCUUUACUCCUAAGUGAAUAGAUGAGUACCUGUAAAUAGAAACAUAUGUUUCAUGCUAUUUCAUGUAAGACUGCUAUAUUAAAGAUUUCAUGCUGAUGUCAAC